GUUAAAAUAUGGCCCAUGUUUACCAGUAAAAGGAGUGCAGUUCUGCACUUCAGAGAGGGAGACGCGUAACAAAGAGGAAGCGUGCAAGAUGUGUGCCUCAUUAGCGAAGGGUGGGAUUAUGGCAUUUCAUUGAUUGGCUGCAAGGGAAGUUCGUCCCCCAUCAGUGCAGUAUGAGCUGGCGUUCAUUCCGAGGAUAGAUUGUGCACGCACAGCAUGGAGACUACCAAAAAGCCAGUUCUCUAUACUUAUUUCAGAAGUUCCUGCUCCUGGAGAGUUCGAAUUGCGCUGGCUCUGAAAGGCAUUGUGUAUGAUCAAGUACCAGUGAAUCUUAUAAAAGAUGGAGGGCAGCAGCUGUCUUCUGAGUUCCAAACGGUGAAUCCAAUGCAGCAAGUCCCAGCUCUCAAAAUUGAUGGCAUCACCCUCUCGCAGUCGCUGGCUAUAAUAGAAUAUCUGGAAGAGACACGGCCAAACCCUAGGAUCUUGCCUCAGGAUCCAAAGAAGAGAGCCCAAGUCCGGAUGAUCUCUGAUCACAUUACUUCUGGAAUUCAGCCCUUACAAAAUCUAACAGUCCUGAACAAAAUGGGAGAAAAGAAGCUGGACUGGGCACAGCACUUUAUUUCUCGUGGCUUCAAAGCUCUGGAGCAGAUCCUGCAGGAAACAGCUGGCCGUUACUGCGUAGGGAAUGAGGUGACCAUGGCUGAUCUGUGCUUGGUUCCCCAGGUGUAUAAUGCUGAGAGGUUUAAAGUGGAUCUUACACCAUACCCCACAAUAAGCAAAAUCAACAAAGCUCUUUUAGAAUUAGAAGCAUUCCAAACAAGUCACCCAUCUCGGCAGUCAGAUACACCUUCAGACCUAAGAGCCUAAAGCUGCCGUUUCUUCUACUGAGUAAAGUUUGCCCAGAAAAGGACUCUACCCUGCAGAACAUGCUAGGAAGGAACCAAGCCUCACCACCUUCUGAAGAGAAAAGACAAGAGGAAGACAUGUUGCAGUAGCGUAACAUCCAGCUACAGGAUCAGGAGCUUGCUGCCUUGAUCAUGUUUGACAAAUGUAAAUGCUAUCAUGAAGCAGAUUAAAAGGAAGAAAGCUUGUUGAGGA